AUGUCAUCGCCGUGGAAGAAGCAGCCAGAGGACGUUGUCGACAGCGUCCUCAAGCGUGCAGAAGUGAGCAAGAUCGCCCGUCGACUACAGAACCGUCUCGCGCUCGCCCAGUUCAAGACCAAGCAUGGCUGGGAGGAUCUUACCCUCGACAGCAUCGAACCCAAGCUCGAGGAGGAGAUCCGACGGAAGCGCCUCACUGAAGGCGAUGUCCUCUCCGACUCCUCCUCCAGCGCAUCCGAUCUCCCAUACCCCUCUCGCACUCUCAUGAGCUCGCCCCUCAAAGCGCCCCUGUUUUCCGACGCUGUCGGCUCCAGCAACGGCAGCACUGGCCACCGCAAGCGCACCUACUUUGCCACCUUCGAAACCAUCUCUUCGAGCCCCAGCAAACGAUUUCGAGGUUCGCCAACUGCGCACAAGUCCUUUAGCAACACUGCUUGGAAGGAUAGCCACCAGCUGGCCCAUUCGUCGCCUUUCAAGGCCCGCCGACAGCAGCACUUCACCACCUCGGCCGGCCCGGACGUUUCCUUCUUUCAGCAGCGCCUCCUGGCCCACGAUUUGACGUCGCCCAACUUCGCUGCCCCCUCGGAUGACGACGACGACCUAUUGCCCAUUCACUCCUUUACUGCUGGCAAUAUGCGAUCGUCUCCUCCUCGCACUCCACCCAUGCGCAGCCGCGGCCUCGGUAACAAGCGGAGCAAGGACGGUGUGGCAUCAGGCGCAAAUGGCAAGACAGGCGAGGAGGGCGCAGAUCUGCUUCUCUACCUGGCAGCCUCGCCAUCCCCGGCCGUCCGGAACACCAAGACCCUCAUGGAGCCCCCUUCGACCCCUCCCCAGAAGAACAGCAAGCUGGACUUGCCAUCGUCGAUGAUGAUGACACCUGGCGGUGGCAACCUCUUCCCCACCACCCCCGGCCAGGGCUUUGACUUUGCCGACUUCGUCAAUAUCACACCCAGUCCAGCCCAGAAACCUUGGAAGACGCCGGUCGCUCUACCUGCGGCCCGGACGCCUCUUAGCGUGGCCCGCCGACGAUUGACCUUUGAGGGACCAUUGGCCUAA